AAGCGUUUGAAUUACUUCGAUGCAAAGAAAGCACAUUUUAUGCAAUCAACAGCCAUGAUGACCACAAUACUACCUUUUUCAACAGCCCUGCGCCACUUUUCAACGAAACAGAUUACGUUGAACAAGUCUUUACUCACGAAAACUUGUGCAUGUUACACAAAAUGUACGACCAGUUCGUUUUCGACGUCUCGUAGUCGAAAUGCAGGACCCCCCUCCCAGGCGCCCGGUGGGAAAAAAAUUUACGUUCGCGACAAACCGGUAAUGAACAUUGGAACAAUUGGGCACGUUGAUCACGGAAAGACAACACUGACAGCUGCUAUAACCAAGAUUCUCUCUGAGAGUAACCAGGCUGAAAUUAAGUCUUAUGAAGAGAUCGACUCCUCGCCCGAGGAAAAGAAAAGAGGAAUCACGAUUAACUCGACCCUCGUGACCUAUGAGACGGAGACGAGAAAGUAUGGGCACAUUGACUGCCCUGGACACAGAGAUUACAUAAAGAAUAUGAUAACAGGGACUGCACAGAUGGACGGCUGUAUUCUGGUAGUAGCAGCCACGGACGGCGCCAUGCCUCAAACAAGAGAACACAUCUUGCUUGCCAAACAGAUUGGUGUGGAGAAAAUGGUGGUGUUUAUCAAUAAAGCAGAUGCAUCAGAUGAAGAAAUGUUGGAGCUUGUGGAAAUGGAAGUGAGAGAACUCCUAGCACAAUAUGGCUUUGAUGCUGACAAUACACCAUUUAUUAAAGGUUCAGCAUUGUGUGCUCUGGAGAGCAAAAAUCCGGAAAUGGGAAAAGACAGAAUUAAGGAACUGUUAGAUGCUUGUGAUAAUUAUAUACCUAUUCCUACAAGAGAUUUAGACAAACCAUUCUUUUUGCCAGUGGAACACGUAUUCGCAAUAACAGGAAGAGGAACUGUUGUCACAGGUAAACUACAGACAGGAGUCAUUAAGAAAGGCGAUGAAACUGAAGUAGUGGGCUUCAACAGAGUUUCCAAAGCCCAGAUCAUUGGAGUGGAAAUGUACCGUCAAAUUCUAGACCAAGCCCAGGCAGGAGACCAAGUGGGAUGUUUAGUGAAGGGUGGCAAAAAGGAGGAUUUAAAGAGAGGAGCAUUUGUUGUUAAACCUGGCACCUAUCCAUUGGGUAAUCAUGCUGAAGCGAAAGUAUUUUUUGUCUCUGAAAAAGAAGGUGGCCGAUCGAAAGCUUUCAUGAAAAACUUUUUUGCCAACAUGUUCAGUUACACAUGGAAUAUGAACACAUACUUUGAGCUGAAGGACAAAGAGAUGGUAAUGCCAGGAGAAGAUGCCAGGGUCAAGCUGAUGAUGCAAAAGAAGAUGGGUCUGAAAGUGGGUCAGAGGUUCACCAUCCGCGGAGGUGAUACUGAUGGGACCGUUACCUUGGGUUACGGCGUCAUCACUGAAGCCCUGCCCGACGUCAACUUUGAAGAUAUUCAGGCUGAGCUUGCUGCUGUCAAGAAAGCCAAGAAGAAGGAAACAGCUGUGUAGAAAACAGAAUCACACAAACUUUCUGUCUAAUGGUGGAAACUUUCUUUUCAUGAACAUAAACUCCCUUUGUGUGUUUUAUUACAAUUUGUUGCAGACUGACAUUAGAACUAUGACCAGCAAAAAUCAGGAUUUUGGACAUCUACGUGAUGUUUGUUCGUGUUUUCAUGAAUUAUGAGUAAAUUCAACAUUAUCAUAUCUCUUAUUAUUGUCCACUGAUUAGUAUACAAUAAAAUGACGUUUUGUGACAA